AUGAUCGGCGAAAUGGUCUCCAGGAACAACUUUCUUGUUGUAAACCUGGGAACGACAUGGACGUUCAGGAGGGAUGCGAUCGGAUCCAUUAUAGAUCUAACGAUCGCAUCCUCCAAAAUAUUUAGCCGCAUAAGCGACAGGCGGGUCUCUGAGGAAUAUACCGCAAGUGAUCACCAGUACAUCGAGUUCUCAGUCUCAGUGGGAGACACACGAGGAGGCAGAAGACAGGAAGCUCCUAGUCGAAAAAGCCCCUCGUGGAACACUAAGAAACUCGACAAGGAGAAGUUCGGCCAGUCCCUUCUAGAAGCCCGCUUAAUUCAAGAGUUGGGCUGGGUAAGGAGGCCGAACAGUCUUGAUGGGGAAGUGCGGGCGGUGAGAAAUAUAAUCGUCACCGCCUGCGAUGCGUCAAUGCCGCGUCGCAAUGGCACAUUCCCCAAGAAGAGAUCCUUGCACUGGUGGUCAGAAAGGUUGGCCUCCUUGCGAAAGGCAUGUUUCAGAGCAAGAAGGACAUAUACCCGAUCUAAGGGAGAUCCUUUGCUCAAGGAAGCAUUCAAGGAGGCCAAAAAGAACCUCAGCAAAGAGAUCCGCGCGUCGCGACGCCGUAGCUGGAAGGACCUAAUCGAGGACGUCGAGAAGGACCCAUGGGGUCUGGCUUUUAAAAUCGUUACUAAGAAAUUAGUAACGAGGCAAAAGACCCCCGGCCUGGACAAUUCCGAUUGGGUCAGAAAGGUAAUAAAAGCCCUGUUUCCUCCUGCAGAGCCGUGGCUUAGGAAGGACUGGAGUUCUUGCAUAGUCAUAGAGGAAGAACUCUUUACUCUUGAAGAAUUGGAAGCAGCAGGUAGAAGAUUGAGGACAGGCAAGGCGCCUGGAAUCGAUGGGAUAAGCAACAAGAUCCUAAAAGAGGUGAUUGUUGCUUCCCCCAGAUUUUGCUGGACAUCUUCAAUCGCUGCCUAG